AUGAUCUCGCAGUUCUUCGUCCUCUCGCAGCGCGGCGAUAAUAUUGUCUUCCGCGACUAUCGAGGUGAUGUGCAAAAGGGGAGUGCGGAGAUAUUUUUCAGGAAAGUGAAGUUCUGGAAAGAUGAUGGAGAAGAAGAAGCGCCACCUGUCUUUAAUGUGGAUGGUGUGAACUACUUUCAUGUGAAGGUCGUUGGGCUAUUAUUUGUUGCAACAACUAGAGUUAAUAUGUCGCCUUCUCUAGUCUUGGAACUUCUACAACGAAUUGCUCGUGUUAUCAAAGACUACCUAGGGAUUCUCAAUGAAGAUUCUAUUCGGAAAAAUUUCGUGCUUGUCUAUGAGUUGCUUGAUGAAGUCAUUGAUUUUGGUUAUGUACAAACUACAUCUACGGAAGUUUUGAAGUCAUAUGUCUUUAAUGAGCCCAUUGUGAUUGAUGCUGCCCGCUUGCAACCUCUCAAUCCUGCUUCCAUGUUCAUGCAAGGGACCAAACGCAUGCCAGGUACCGCAGUAACAAAAUCAGUGGUUGCAAAUGACCCUGGGGGUAGGAAGAGGGAGGAAAUAUUUGUGGACAUAAUUGAGAAAAUCAGUGUGACGUUCAGCUCCAGUGGAUAUAUAUUAACAUCUGAAAUUGAUGGCACAAUUCAAAUGAAGAGCUACCUUAGUGGAAAUCCAGAAAUUCGUUUAGCUCUUAAUGAGGAUCUCGCAAUCGGAACAAGUGGAGGGAGAGCUACAUAUGAUUAUAGGAGUUCAUCGGGUUCUGGGUCGGUGAUUCUUGAUGAUUGUAACUUCCAUGAAUCCGUUCGUCUUGAUAGCUUUGAUAUAGACAGAACUUUGUCACUGGUGCCACCAGAUGGUGAAUUCCCUGUUAUGAAUUAUCGCAUGACCCAGGAAUUCAAACCUCCCUUCCGCAUUAACACAUUGAUUGAAGAGGCAGGAAGCCUUAGGGCUGAAGUGAUUCUGAAGAUCUCUGCAGAGUUCCCUUCAAAUAUCACGGCAAACACAAUCAUUGUGCAGAUGCCACUGCCAAAGUAUACUGCCAGGGCUACUUUUGAGUUGGAGGCUGGAGCAGUUGGGCAGACAACGGAUUUUAAGGAAUCAACUAAGAGGCUUGAAUGGGGUUUAAAAAAGAUCUCUGGUGGAUCUGAGCACACAUUACGCGCGAAGCUGACAUUUUCUCAGGAGUUGCACGGAAAUAUAACAAAAGAAGCUGGGCCAGUCAGCUUGACAUUUACGAUACCGAUGUACAAUGUUUCCAAGCUUCAGGUGAAGUACUUGCAAAUAGCGAAGAAAUCAAGCAGUUAUAAUCCAUACAGGUGGGUGAGAUAUGUAACCCAGGCCAACUCCUAUGUCGCACGCAUAUGA